AUGCUCUUAUCACGCAGCGUCAGGUUGUUUUGCGCGUGCUUCUCAGUUACUGCGCUUGCUCAGUUUGUCCCCUUACAAGAUGCCAACUUGACAACACUAAACGCCGCACACGACCCAAAUAUCACCAUUUCCUACAAAGUUCCGAAGGGUGCCUGCAAGACGGCAUUCGAUGCACAGAAGCAGUUCUCUGGCUGGGUCAACAUCCCAGUUGAGGGUCGGUCGACCAGCUUGUUCUUUUGGUUUAUCGAAGCACGGGAGCCGACUUCGACACUCACAAUAUGGCUGAAUGGCGGGACUGGAGGGAGCUCCAUGUCAGGCUUUUGGCAAGAGAAUGGUCCUUGUGAGGUGGUAGAAAAGGAUAAAGAUCACCUCGAGGUCAAGGCAAGGGAAUGGGGAUGGGACAGGGCAUCAAACAUGCUGUAUAUCGAUCUUCCCUCAGUAGGCUUCUCCUACACCACCCCCAUCACCAACGGCAGCUACGAUUCCUACAACGCAACAACCAUCUUCCCUCCUGAACCCGUCCCCAAAUGGAGCAGCCCUUGGGCCUUCAUGAACGGCACAUUCUCUUCCCCUUACCCGCUGAACUCAUCAGCCAACACCACAGCGACAGCCCGACUAGUCUGGCAUCUCCUCCAGACCUUCCUAUCAACUUUUCCCCAAUACAACACCCCCUCCAACUCUUCCACAGGGAUAUCCCUCUUCGCAAAAGGCACCACCGCCCCCCUCGCCGCGCUCCUCGCAUCCUACUUCCACUCCCAAAAUCCCAGCACCUCAUCCACCACCCUCCCCAUCAAAAUCACCUCCCUCGGCCUCCUCUCCCCCUGCGGCCUCGACCCUUUGUCCCAAGCCCAAUCCUACGUAACCAUGGCCCUCAACAACACCUUCCACCUCCCGCUACUAACCCAAGAUCAAACCACCCCCAUCAUGUCAGCCUACCACCGCCGCCGCGGCUGCUCCGACCUCCUCCUCCCCUGCCGCCACCCCUCCUCCUCGACAAACUCCGAAACCCUCCUCGUCUGCCUCCAAGCCUGGGAGUGCAUCUACGGCCUCACAAUCCCAUACCAGCAACACACCUCAAGGUCGUUAUACGACAUCUCCUCCCCCUCCUUCGACCCCUUGCCAAACCAGACUUAUCUUACCUUUCUCAACUCACCCAAGUUUCUAUCCGCUAUUGGCUCACCAAUAAACUUCACCGAUCUCCCUCCCCCCCUCCCCGCCCUUCGGGACGACCCGCUGGUAGCCAUCAAAGAGCUACUAUCCCAAGGGGUUCGGAUCGCCCUGCUGUCCGGCGACAGAGACUACCUCUGCAACUGGUACAGCGGGCAAUCAACCUCUCUCUCUAUCGCCGGAUCCUUCUCGCGGUAUAAUGCUUUUCAUACAACCGGCUACGCCCCCCUCCUCACCAACAAAACCUACACCGGCGGCUCAACCCGCCAGCUCUCCAACCUCUCCUUCACCCGCAUCUACGACGCAGGUCACUUCCCCUCUCACUCCCAGCCCGAAACCACUUUCGAAAUCUUUUCCCGGAUCAUCCUCGGAUCCUCAAUCAGCACAGGCGAAAAAGUCAAUCUUGCCUCCUUUGCCACAAAGGGCACCCCCGAAGCGGACAAGACAGGGCCGGAGCUGCUCGCGACAAAUGUCCCCAAUGCGAGGUGCUAUAUCCGAAAGGUGGCAGAUACGUGCGAUGAUGAGUCUGUGAGGGCCGUGUUGAGGGGAGAAGGGGUCGUGAUCAACGGGGUUUGGUAUAAUUCUGCCGGUGAUUGGCAGUUGCCGGGGCAGAGGAGUGAUGGUGAGGCUGCUGGGGAGGAGGCCGCGCCGACCUCAACGAUCAUGACGGGAAUAUUUACCACGUCACUUUCCGCGGCGAAGCCAACGUCUAGCAGUGGAGGCUCCUCUGCUUGGGACAACCCCGCGCGUGGGCUAUUGAUGGUGAGCGUGUUGGCUGGGUUGCUUUUGUAAAUCGCGUUGCCGGGGACGCGAUACAGCUGGCGACAGCGGGAGACGGCUGAGCACAGGACAGAGGGAAACAAGAAUACUUUAAACUCGACAAUUUUCAUAUGGUACUGUAGAGC